CUCGGUCUCGCACACAUUCAUAAUCCAGCCGCCGACCUCCACACUCACUCCCACAGGGCCAGAGACCAGGAGAGGGAGGACAGAAGAGGCAUCCGCAGAGCACACAGACACAGACACCCGGACACACAGGAGGGGAAAGCCCAAGCCGUCACGCGCCCGGACUCCGACUGCUCUUUUCUCUUCUUAAAUGGAAAGAGGACACGCGGAGAGAGAGGAGCGGAGCGAAUGAGAGAAGCGGAACCGGAGACGGACGGGAUAAGAGAGGAAGAAGAGGGUCUGGAAGAACGGAGGACUCCUGGCCUGUGAGUACGAAACAUCCACAAACUGCCCAGAACAAGACUGGAAUCCUGCAGUGUCAGUGACCCUGCCGCUCUCUGAUUGGCCCACGCGUGCUUCUGUUCGCCUGUCUGUCGGCUUCCCUCUGCCCCGGAGUGUCUGCUGAUCGUGUCCGUCACUCUGGCUCUGUCUGUGCCUCUGUCUGUGAGCAUGCGGGGGGUGUGUGUGCCGCUGCUAUGUGUGUGUGUGUCUCUGCUGCUCCGCUGCACUACUUCACAAGCCCCCGAAGAACGUGACAGUCAUAUGGAAUGCACAGAUGGAUAUCAAUGGGAUUUACAGACAGAGCACUGCAAAGACGUAAACGAGUGUGAAACUAUUCCGGAGGCCUGCAAGGGAGAGAUGAAGUGUUUCAACCACUACGGUGGCUACCUUUGCCUCCCACGCUCCGCCUCUAUUAUCCCUGACCCUCCCGGCCAACCAGGGAGCAGCUUUCCCGAUGACGUCACAGAGCCCUACCCCUGCCCUCUGGGGUAUGAGUCACAGGGGGGCAGAUGCGUGGACAUUGAUGAGUGCGAGCACGACCAGCACAACUGCCAGCCCAGUCAGCAGUGCUUCAACACCCAGGGGGGCUUCUCCUGCCAGUGCCCCGAAGGGUACCGUAAGGUUGGCACAGAGUGCAUCGACGUUGACGAGUGCAGGUACAGGUACUGUCAGCACCGCUGCGUCAAUGUCCCUGGGUCUUUCUCCUGUCAGUGUGAGCCUGGCUUCCAGCUGGCGGGGAACAAUCGCUCCUGCAUCGAUGUGAAUGAAUGUGAGAUGGGCGCCCCCUGUCAGCAGAGGUGCACAAACACCUAUGGCACCUUCCUGUGUCGCUGUGAGCAGGGCUAUGAGCUGGGAGCCGAUGGCUUCACCUGCAAAGAUAUCGACGAGUGCGGCUUCUCCAGCUUCCUGUGCCAGUUCCAGUGCGUGAACAAGCCGGGGAAGUUCUCCUGCGUGUGCCCGGAGGGAUACCAGCUGCAGAGGGCACGCCUGUGCCAAGAUGUGAACGAGUGUGAGACAGGCACACACACGUGCACGGAGGGACAAACCUGCGUGAACACCAACGGCGGACAUCGCUGCGUCGACAAUAACCGCUGCCAAGCUCCCUACACACAGGUGUCCAACAACCGGUGUGUCUGCCCGGUCACCAAAGCAGCCUGCCGGGACCUGCCCUUAUCCAUCGUCCACCGCUACAUGAGCAUGACGUCCAAUCGCACGGUGCUCUCCGACGUCUUCCAGAUCCAGACCACCAGCAUCUCCCCCGGGGCCCACAACGCCUUCCGCAUCCGCUCCGGCGACGACCGCGGCGCCUUCUACAUCCGCCAAAUCAACAACAUCAGUGCCAUGCUGGUCCUGGCGCAGUCUGUGACCGGGCCCAAGGAGUACAUCUUAGACCUGGAAAUGGUGUCCAUAAACCCCAUCCUGAACUACCAGAGCAGCUCUGUCCUACGCCUCUCCAUCUAUGUGGGACAGUACACAUUCUAGAGCAAACAAGAAAGCGAUCACAAGAAACAGAGGAGAGAAAUGGAUAGAGAGAGUGAGAGAGAGAGAGAGAGAAUGAGAGAGAGAGAGAGAGAGAGGAGGGAGAGAGGGACAGAGAGCCAAAUCAAAGUGUGGCUCUUAAAAAUAAUGUGUCAUAGACUGGAAGAGAGAAAAUGUGGGAGAUAGGAAGAGUGAGUAAUAAUCACACAUUCACAGGCCUCUAUUAGGAUAUUCUGUGUGUCCACUGGGGUAAAAAACUUCACUGACAGGGUCAUCGAACAAUGGCUAGUUUCAAGUGAACGUCAGAAAGUAAUGAACAGAAACUGUACAAAUUCACAUAAAA